CUAAUGUCCACAUUGCAUUUAGGUUGACAGAUGCCGCCAAAGGAAUUCACGUUGCAUGCAGAAGCCUUCUGUGAAUUAUUAUUUUCACACAAAUUGCACAGACUUUGCUGACUUUUGCUAACUCCCUGCCUAUAGCUAUGGAGAAAAAAAUGAAUUUCAUCCUUCCACUUCUCCUCCUCCUGCAUGCCACAAUUGACAGCAGCGUAGGAUGCUACUGUGACCAUUACCCAUGGUCUCCCUGGUCUAGCUGCUCAAGGACCUGUAAUUAUGGCACUCAAAGUAGGCAAAGGCAAAUCAGGAUGGAUGACUAUUAUAUCAAAAACCUCUGUGGCCAACUCUGCACAACUCAGGAAUCCAGGGCCUGCAACCAGCAGAUGUGCCCUAUCAAUUGCCAGCUUGGAAACUUUGGUCCCUGGUCAGAAUGUGACCCCUGUGUUAGAAAACAAUUUCGUGUCAGAUCCAUUAUCACACCUUCUCAGUUUAAGGGGCAACCCUGCAAUGAGCCACUGGUAGAUUCCAGGAGGUGCUACCCAACCAAACAAUGCAACAUAGAGGAAGUAAACUGCGAGAAUAAAUUCCAGUGUGAAAAUGGUCGGUGCAUUGGCCGAAACUUGGAAUGCAAUGGCGAAAAUGACUGUGGGGACAAUUCAGAUGAAAGGAACUGUCGCCGUGUGAAGGCUGUGUGCAACAGAAGGCACGAGAGCAUUCCUAGCGUGCAGUUAAUAGGCCAUGGAUUUCAUAUUAUGGCACAGGAGAACAGAGGAGAAGUCCUUGGCAAUUCUUUCAAUGGAGGCAAAUGUACACUUGUGAAAAAUAAUGAUACACGGAAGACAUUUCGGGUUCCUGCAAACUUGGAGACUGUCAGCUUUCAGACAGAGAAUGAAGAGGACGAUGUGGCAUCUGAUUUUUACAGUGAUUUAAUUCCUCUAGAGUCUUCUUCCUCUGGAAGCAGCUCUUCCUCUAGCUCAGGCAGACGAUCUUCUGGAAUCCCAUUGCUCUUCUCCAGAAAGACUAAAGUGAAGGUCACAUCUUCAUCCUCCUUCAGAGAGGCUGUGCAAGCUUCAUAUAAAAAGAACUCCAACUUUAUUAGAGUCCAUAAGGUGAUUGCUGUGUCGAACUUCACAGUGAAACAGUCAGACUUGCACCUCUCUGGAGUUUUCCUACAGGCCCUCAACAGCCUGCCUCUGGAGUACAACUAUGCCCUUUACAGCCGGAUAUUUGAUGACUUCGGGACUCAUUACUAUACUUCUGGUUCAAUGGGGGGCACGUAUGACCUCCUCUAUCAAUACAGUGCUGAAGAGCUGAGAAAUUCAGGUUUAACAGAGCAAGAAGCAAAUGAGUGUGUCCGGACAGAAACAACGAGGCGUGUCUUUUUCAGGAAGAAAAAGAAAGUGCGUACAGAUUGCAUCAACAACAGAAUGAGUGAGAAGCAUGAAGGUUCUUUUCUUCAGUCCUCUGAAAAGUCUAUCUCAUUAGUAAAAGGAGGGAGGUCUGAAUACGCUGCAGCACUUGCCUGGGAAAAGAAAGGAUCUUUCCCAGAGCAUGCCGUGUACACAAAUUGGCUGGAAUCGACCAAAGACAAUCCAAUCGUUGUUGAUUUUGAGCUGGCUCCCAUUUUGGAUCUGGUGAAGGACUUCCCGUGUGCGGCGACUAAACGGCGUAACCUCAGGAAGGCUCUUGCGGAAUAUGCGGAGCGAUUUGACCCAUGCCAAUGCGCUCCUUGCCCCAACAAUGGCAGGCCUGUGCUCUCUGGAACCGAAUGCCUCUGUGUGUGCCAGGCUGGUACUUAUGGCGACAACUGUGAGAUGAAAGCACCUGAUUACAAAUCUGUCGCCGUGGAUGGUCACUGGAACUGCUGGUCUCAAUGGAGUCCUUGUAAUGCUGCCCAUAAGAGAUAUAGGACCCGCGAGUGUGACAAUCCUUCACCGCUAAAUGGAGGGAAAGCAUGUGAAGGUGAAAGGGCCCAAGAGGAAGAAUGCUACCUCUCCAUAUUUGCUGACAAGGGGGCCUUGUGUCUCAACGAUGGUGACGAGAAAAGGGAGAGGGAUAUUUUGGUUGAGCAGCCUGACUCUGGAUGCCUCAAACCAGACCCUCCAGAACAUGGGUUCAUCAGGAAUGAAAAGAACUAUUAUGCUGUUGGCGAACAAGCUGAAGUUGUCUGUUUGAGUGGAUACAACCUUGUGGGGUAUCAGUUCUUUCUCUGCCUACCAGAUCAAACGUGGGCACAGAGGCCUGUCGACUGCCAGCCAUCCUCUUGUCUCAGACCAUCAGCAUCUCCUAGUGUAUCCAUUUCUCCAUUUAAAAGUGACUACAGCAUUGGAGAAACCAUCCAACUUAGCUGCCCUGCAACCUACAUCCUAAUUGGCCACAGACAAUACACUUGUGGGAAAGGCCCAUCCUGGAAGCCUCCUGUUUGGAGCCUGCUCACCUGUGAGAAAGACGGUCACUCUCAAGCUCAAGGCAGUUGCAGGCCAGGCCAAAAGCAGGCUGGAUCUCAGUGUGUGUGCCUGUCGCCAACAGAGGACUGUGGACACUACUCUGAAGAUGUUUGUGUCCUGGAUGCAGCUUCUGAGCAAACCCUUACAAAGCCCAGCUGUCAGUAUUUGGCAGAAAAAUGCCUUGCAGAGGAUUCGCUCCAUUUCCUGCAUGCUGGCCCUUGCCUCAGUGACACUGACUUGUGGUGGGCCAAGGAAAGGGCCAAAAUGUCCGCAAACAGCAUAAAGAAAGAACCUUGCGGCUACGACACAUGCUAUGAUUGGGAGAGCUGCCUAGAGACACACAAUACAUGCUUCUGCCUGAUCCCUAGCCAGUGCCCGCCAAGUGAGGAGCACCUCUUCUGCCUCAGCGUUCGGCACAGAAGGAUGACAGCCAACCUCUGCACACUGGGGGCCAUGAAAUGCUCCAAAAUGAACUUUGAAGUAGCGCAUGAAGGACGCUGCUUGGACUAACAGCCUUCGGGAGUCACUGCUGGGUUCGCGGCUUGCGUGGCUGCAUUUGUUCUGGGCCUCUACAUGCAGCUUGGAUUUCAAAGACAGAGCUUUCUGAUUCAGGGCUAUUUCUUCUCACAGCCCAAAAUGCUCAUGGGGGUUCAAGGCCACGCCAAUCCUGCUUUCCAUUAGCUGACUUUCUCUGGCCGUGCGUAGAGUGUCCUUCCUUUGAAGGAAGUCAGCUUCUCUACUUACAAGAUGCACACAGUCCUAGUGUGGAGUGCCUUUCCUCUCACAAGAAGCCACUUUAUGAAAAUCCCAUGACAGUGCCUCUCGACAUGAUUAGAAUGCUAAAAUAUAGAAAAUAAAGAUAAAAAUAUUGAAUAGUAAGAAUUCAGUAAAAUUAGGGACGGCGGGCAAUGUCAACUUGAGGCAUUUUGCUGUCAGAAGUGGUUCACAACUGAUGCCUCCCUACUACAGUUUUAUAAAUUGUUACUUCACUCUUCAGACACUAGGUUUUGCCUUCUUGUCUUCUAUCCCCUUCUUAGUGCCCCCGGGAAGAUGCUGCUUCAACUGCUGCAUGUCAGGGCCGGCCCUACCAGUUGACAAAGGUAUCCCUCUAUGAGUCUAGAAACAGCUGACAUGAGCUGGCAAUCUAUUCAAGGGGACAGGACCCUCAGGCUCAGGGCGAAAUGUGACCCUCCGGGCCUUUCUGUCUCUCCUCAGGCCACCCCACUCAUUGGCUCUGCCUUGCACCUCCUUUGAGUGUUUUUGCCUCACUGGAAGAUCAGUGGUCGGGUUGAGCACAUAUUCUGCAUGCUGAAUGUCCAGGUUUGACACUCAUCAUCUCCAAUGGAAUGAAUCUCAGGACGUAGGCUUGGGAAAGGUCUUGGAGAGUCACCACCUACUGAAGUGAGCAAGACUGGGCUAGACAGCCCAAUAGCACGACUUGCUCUAAGGCAGCUCCACAAAUUCACAAGGUCGCCGCUGGCUUUCCCUCAGCUGCUUCCUUGUUCCUCAGAUGCAGGGCUGGAUUUAGGUUGGAUGAGGCCCUAAGCUACUGAAGGUAAUGGGGCCCUUUAUAUGUCCAGCUGUCCUUUGUCAACAACAAAUUGUCACUGUUUUUUGUGUUGAAUAUAUGCUAUAUGGUAAUUUAUGGACAUAAUAGCCAUUUGCACAUAACAAAAUAGGAGCCUACACAAAAUAAAACACUGCUGCUGUAUGUAGGUUUUAUUUUAUUUGUUUUUAUCUUAUAUUUUGAAAAUGUACAUCCAGUUGUUUUUUCUUUAAUUUUUCAGGGGCCCCCAAUAGAGUGCGGCCCUAAGCUAUAGCUUGUUUAGCUUAUACAUAAAUCCAGCACUGCUCAGAUGCGAGGAACGUUGUAUUUGUUUUCCUGCUUAUAAUACUUCUGUCCUAUGUUCUAAUAUUCCUUUCACACAACAGAACCUGUUGCAUGCUGUGGCUUUUUGACCGGCAUGUCACACUAAAUUUCACUCACACCAGUGGGCGUGGUGUGGCCCAACAAUGGAAGCCUUUGGACAAUGCCUCUACUCCCCUGCCCUUUCCACACGUGCCUGCUUCUCUCUUCACCCACGAAAAGGACAGGAAAGAACAGCCUGCCAGUAUAUACCAUCCUGAAUUCCAUCAUGUUUACUCCAUCAAUUUUCUAGGCUAAUGAGGUUGCAAACAGAUUAUUUCCAGAACCAGUUAACAAGAAAAUAAGCACUAAACUUCCAUUAGAUUCUCAGAAGUGACUCUUACAUUGUGCGAAAGAUCAAAUGCAAUAUGGAAAUUGACAGGGAAUGUGGGGAAAGGGAAUGAGCUGCCAUGUGAAUGCAGCCUUAGAUGUAAAUUUGACUUCAGAAGCCAACCAAGAAUAUAGGAGGCCACACUCCAGAUAUGUCUGGAUAAUGCAAGCUUUCUCCAGUUUCAGAGAACUUCCCUGGGAAGUCCAGAGCUUCAGAAAGUGGCAGUUUUAGGGCUAUUAUGUCAUUCUGGUUUCAGACAAUCCCCACUGGUGCAUAUUGUGAUGGUUAGAAUCCUGUCUAAUGUAAGUGGCUUGGGGGCUAUUUUGUAGUACAAGAUGUAUUUGCCUGUUGCCUCGCCAUUCUGUGUUCAGCAUUGAUUGACCAUAACCUCGAGUCCACUUGACAUACAUUUGGGGAAUAAAGUUUCUGUUCUGUUAAAACUUAACUAAUACAAAUAAACGUCUCAUCA